UGCAGUCUAAAAUCCGUUUAAACUGUCUGUGUCAGCAUUAUUCUAUGCCCGCACGGCGCCGUGCGCUCCGAUAGCGGACCAACCACGACCGCUCGCUCGGUUCGCCAUUUUUCUCCAGCCAGUCCUGUUAUAACCGUCGCACGGGUUGCCCGUACUCGCUAUGGCAGCACACGACAAAGCGAUCGUGCUCAUUUUCAAUCCAUCCGAACCCGUUUAAAACAAAAAAACACCCCAACUAACCCGCCAACAGUGAUCAGUGACUUUAAUACAGAUUUCAGUGAGGUUUAAAAGUGUUGGAGCAGUUUAAAAGUUGUGUUGCAAUUUUAGUCCGCCUAAAACUUGGGUCGUGAUACAAAAGAGCUCUUGGUUUUCGAUUGUAAAUGUUGAACGGAGGUUUGUUUUGAAUUAUAAGUGGCACUUUCGAUUUGGACUGGACAUUUGAGUGGCGCAAAGCUGGCGGUAGUCCGUGGAAACUUGGCAGAAGAUCAAGCUCAGAAGCCCUGGAUUCCCUUUAAGAUCAACAUGGAUUCAGAGAGCCGAAGCGAGUCCGCCCUGAACAGCCCGACGGAGCCCGACGUGUCUCUAGCGGCCUCCCUUACGGACCCUAUAGAGGCUACAACGCUGGAGGAGGCCCGGAGGACCAUUAGAGACCUAAGAAUGAAGUAUCGCGCCCAAGCUCAUCAGCUCCUAACCUGGCGGCGCGCGCACCGCAUCCAAGAAGACCUCGUCUCCCGUCUCCAAAUAGAGAAGGCCAACCAGCUCAAAUCCCUCUCCAGCCAGCUCCUCCUCUUCGAAUCACGCCUGGUCCGAAAACAGAAGGAAAUCUGCAACAUCAUCGCCGUCAGAGAGUCCAUCAUUGCCAAACAACAGAAAGCCAUAGAAGCCUUGCAAGCGAAACUACUAGAAAACGGAAUAGAACCAACACAAGCCAUCCCGGACUUCAGAGAAAUGCUCCAAGACACACAAAUCGCCGAUUUCGAUAGUCUCAACGAUUCCGAUUCAGCCGUCAUUAUGGAAGACGUCGAUUCAGACUGUAGUAAUCUCCCGCACGUACCACGCUUUAGAAACGCCGACUCGGUCACCAUAGUACGAUCCAUCUCAGACGCUAUCGAUCCUAAUUUAAAGUACAGCAUUAUCCGCCGUUCUAACGGCUUCCUCCGGCGUCCUGAGAUUUUAGAAACUGUGUACAGCGUGGAAGAAGAAGCCGAUGCGGACUCCAUGAAAGGUCUAAGCGCUCAGAACUCGACAGAAAAAGAGAUGAAAGACAAUAAGACGGACGAAGAAAAACAGAACGAAUCCACCAGCCUUCUCACACAAAGACGUGACAACUUCCGCAUGAGAAGCGUAGUGUUAACCGAAGCGCUCAAAAGCAUAGAUGAUGAUAAGAAGAAUGAGACCUGGGCGUACAGCUAUGUUCCAAAGAAGACCGCAUCAGACGACGAAGCUACAGAAAGCGACGAGGAAACGGAACGCAAUCCGGUAGUAACCUACAACCGUGUUAUGUCGAAUCAUCGGAACGUGACGAAACCAAAAGACGUGAAAUACAAGAGGAUAAACAAAGCCAAGUCGAAAAGCUUAGAGGAGUUGCGAGGUCGGCUCAAGAACUGGGUCGACAAAGGGAAUAAGUUCGCAAACUUGACCUUGGAGCAUGCGCAGAGCUACGCUUAAAGUUCCUUUGCGACUAGUCGCAGGUUUAAGAGGAAAGUGGACGACUGCGUCCAUACAUACGUACUUCCCAUUAUCCUCUCUAGAUAUUAGACUCGGAUUUUUAAGUUAUUUUACGAGUUAGGACAUUUCAAUUUUUGCCGCUCCUAUAUCUCUAAUAAUAAUUUUAAAUCUAAAAAAGCCAAACGAAGAACUGGUUAAUAUUCAGAGAGGAAAUGGUGCCAACGUUUUUCUCUUAAACUAGUAGCAAUUAUUUCUAAAUCUCUAUACCUCUUUGAAACCUGGAGCUUACCUUUCUCGAUGUUUCUACUUAAAUAUUUAGAUUGUAUGCCAUAAAUAAAUUUUACUGUCAUAAAACUCGAACGUUUAUAGUUAGGGAAGUGAGGUUUUGCGAAGUAUUUAAAUUAGUUGAAGAGCCAUUUCGAAAUGGCCAAUAACGUAACUCAUAAUUCCCUGUCAAAAUAACUUAUGACUGCCCGUGGUGAAAUGGUCUAACUUCCUUUGAUGUUAGAAUUAGACCAAGAUAAGUCUGCAACGAUUUUAAUAGCACAGGCAGUGCAAGUGUUAUUUUAAACGUCAAACGUCCUAUGAAAAUAUGUCUGAUUGCGACUGUACAUGAACAUGAUUAAUUCCUCUUUACCUACGUUAACUUUGGCGUGUGUAUAUUUUGACAAAUGGUAAUAUAUUUUUGUGAAUGUCUGUUACAACCAUUAAAUAAAUUACUCAGUAGCGACAUUAUUAAUGUGUAAGGAUGUUUUGUUGUCUGACCGUAUGCCUGGCAUAUUUGAACUAAUUAAUAUUUAGGAUAAAAGUACUAAACAACUGUUGCAAUUAAAUAAAGUCUUAUAAUGUUUAGAUAUUUGUGGUAUUCUCAACCAAAAGGGUGCUUAUUGUCGGUUGUCAAAAAGGCGUUAUUUAUAUAGCUUCAAUUUGAAAUCAUCCUACCGACAACCGAUAAUAAAGUACCUUUUGUUUGUAAACGUCAAAUUUGUAUUAUACACACAUCACAAGAAAAUAUACCUACAUCACUUGUAUUUAUAUCUUAAGUGGUUCAAAGACGUACCAGAAAUUUUAAUCCAUUUACUUGUAACAAAUCAAUUUGCUACAAUACUCGUAUACAUUGAAUAAUCUCGGCCCUUCUAAAAAUAUUUUCGGAAAUUGCUAUUGCGAUCUAGAUACAUAAUUAAAAAUGUGGCGUUCCACGGAAAAGGGUACCUUAUGGCACCUGGCCCUUUACGUCGCAUAGCACCGCAAUAGUAUUGGAGCAGUGUUAAUAAUAGCGUAAGCGUCAACCGCCAUGGGUGCCUUUACUCGUGGGACGUCACAAAUAUAGUUUCAUCUUUGACUAUUGUAAAUAACGUUACUGUUUUACUGGAAUAUUUAACUACGACAUAAAUAAAAAAGUGUUAAAAAGGUAUGUGGACAAAUAUUUUAGGCCUAAGUUGUUAAAAGCGUCUGAUGAGUCUGUUAGCCAAGUAAUUCAAAGUUUAUCUCUAUUUCAACAAACACAGUGUGAACAUCAUACAUGCCUCGCGAGUACAUGGCGAUAAAAUUUAAUGCCUCGCGAGUGAAAUGCCUCGCUCGAGCCCCCGACAUUUGUGCAAUAGUCAAAUCUAUGUAUACAUUUUUGACUUUAUUUGGGAUAAAGGUAAAGAAAUGCGUAAAUAUUUAUGAUAUAGACUGCACAGAUAUCAAACAGUGACAUCCGAAGUGGCUAAAUAUAUCUGACCACAUCCUUCAUUCUAUGGUAACAAAUGUGUGUUACGAUUUAUUUCGCCGUCAUCUCUUUGGUGCUGAUCGUUCCUACCUAUCAGUUUAAGCCCAUAAACCGUGCAUUGAUACAGGGAAAAAAGAGAUGAAAUUAUCCUCAAUAAAUAUCAGUAGGAAUAAGAUGCCUGUCACUUUCUAACAAAUAUGAAAAUGCGAAAGUGACGCAUGACAUGACAGGUGAUAAAAUGCGAUGAUAUCCAUGCAUGAUCACUAUCAUAAUUAGACAAGGUGCGAGUGGAAGUGGGACAGAAAUAAACAGUCGAUCAGUCCGAGCAGUUAAUACUUCGCUUUACAGUGUAGCUAAUUUGUUGUACAGUAACAUUCCUCGCGAGGCAUAUUGGAUUUAAUUCUUGCUUUCUUCAUUAAAUUACAAUGUUAAAUAGUUCUAGACAAGCAUGAUGAUUUGAUGAUACAUGCGUCUCACUCUAAUAUAUAGAAUAGUGAAUACGAAAGCUCCCUACGAAAAGUGAAUAUAAUUGUUUUUUAUUUUAAUAAUAACGUAAAUUAAUAGCGUAUUCGUCCACGUUUGCAGGCAAUUAAAUAUUAUAUUCAAUUGUUACUCUGGGAUAAAUAUUAAUUAAUUAAAAGCAGCUGAUACACAGUUGAAAUUAUAUCAUAUAUAAUUUAUAUAUAAGAUAUGUACAUUUUAAUCAGUCGAUGAAAAGGUGGACUAAUGCACAUGCCUCGAUAUUUUGCGAGUCAACGAAUCUCGAGGCAGAAAUCUCUGGAAAAUAUGUGAUAUUUCUAACAAAUAGAUGUCACUGUAAAAUCCAUGGCAAUACUCUCAUAAUUUUAAUUUUACUAUUUUGCACCUUAUGUUAUAGUCAUAAGGUUUGGGUAAAUC